AAAUUUUUGUUUUGCCCCGAAUCCGAACAGCUGAAGAAAUAAGGCCGAUCGAUCCCAAUUGAAGAUUAGGAUGGGUUUAGUUUCUUUCUUGGGACUCGAUCGAUUGGGGUCGGGGCUACGUUUCCGGUGGGAAGCGCCAUGGGGACGGGGUCACUACUGCCUAUGUUUGUACUAAUAGCGGCCCGUCUACUUUGGGUCCUUCUCGAACACCCGCGUCUAACAAGCAGGUGCGUUAGGGUUCUAGAUACAGUUCCCUAAGCUAGACAAUUGGGUUAAACAUCAUAAGACAAAGGCUCCGGCGGCCGGCGACCUCAAGAGGAUCCUGCUCAAACUUCGUAAGGACGGCCGCUUCUAUCAAGCCCUACAGGUUUAUGAAUGGAUGAGAAAGAAAGGUAUUUAUAAACUCUCAUCUAGUGACUAUGCUGUCCAGUUCAACUUGAUUUGUAAGGUUCGAGGACGUUCUGCUGCGGUGCACUAUGCCAAGAACUUGCCAAAACAAGCUAGAAAUGACAAGACGUAUGGAAAACUCCUUCGAUGUUAUGUGGAUCCACGCAGUGGAUACAUACAUAGCAUACAUAGGAGUCCUUUAUUCCCUCUUCCGAAAAUGAAAGAGUUGGGUUUUGCGUUGUCGCCUCGACCUUUUAAUGAAAUCAUGCGCUUUAACGCCUCCAAACCUGCGGAUGUCCUUGAGGUGUUGGCCGAGCUGAAGAAGAGCGGGGUUUCCCCUGAUAAUGAUAGUUACAGAAUCUGCAUUAGUUCAUUUGGGUUAAAAUAUGAUCUGGAUGGGAUGGAGAGAAUGCUGAGAGAAAUGGAGACUCAACCCCACAUUGUAAUGGACUGGUGUACUUACGCCGUUGUAGCCGAGUUCUAUGAUAGAGGAUUCCUUAUAGAUAAAGCCAAUGAUGCUCUUGAAAAGGUGAGGGUGAUGUUACAAAAGAAAAGAAGAAAACCCCCCAAUUAUCUGCUAGAAACUGAUUAUGAGAAUGUGAUAAAGUCACUGGGGAAGCUUGGUGAGUUUGACGAGGCUAUGAACUUUGUCAAGGAGUGGGAAAUACUUGGUAAUUUUCGCCAACUGGAUGUUAGUAACAUUCCUUGCACAAUCAUAGAGGAGUACAUAAAAAAUGGCAAGUUACAAGAGGCAUUUUAUAAAAUCCGGGCGUGGUCUAGAACAGAGAAAAGGGGAUGGGGAACAUUUGGCAUCGGCGGACUUUCACGCUUACUUUGUAAAGAAUACAUUAAAGUGGGUAAUAUGUUUCAAGCGUUUAACUGCUUUCGGGAAACUCGGCAUGGUUUCCAAGUUCACCCAGUCGUGCCUAUGUUGUUUUUUAAAUACCUAGAGGAAGAAUGUGGAUCGUUCUUUCCUUUGCGAUGCACUGGAUCAAUUAAACAUGUCACAGGCACAAUAUUCUCAGAAGCCAAUCGGGUACAUCAUGAAUACUUGACUCAAGCCUCAAAUAUGGAUUACAAGAAUAGUAUCAAGUCAAAAGUCGAGUCGGGCAAGUUAAAUGAGGCCAUGAAGAUGGUGACAGAGUGGGAAGCAUCCGGGAAUUAUGACUUGAACAUUCUUAAGAUGAUCAUUGAGGGAUACUGUAAAAAGUCAUUCUUUAUGGAAGCAGAGGCAAUGGUGGAAGCUUGGACAAGAGAAAAAAGGCCCCGGGUCUCAGAAAUCUGGUUUGUACUCGCUUCGCAAUACCAGCUGUAUGGUAAAUUGGUGAGAGGAUUCGAGUGCAUGAAGAGGUGUUUUGCUUUAACACCAGAGCUCAAGGGCAUUUACGGUAUGAUGUUCUGGACGUUUAUGAAUGGCAUUCAAUAUUCCAGAGGUAUGGACGCACGGGGGCAGCAGCAGCACCAGCAGCAGCUACUUUGACCCUUCAUUCUCAUUUGUCAUUAAAACUAUCUGUCUUCU